AUGUCCGGAUCUGGAUCUACGCUCAGAGGACUCGUUCAAGUUUCCUCCCCGGCUGAUGGUGUCAGAACCAUCACCUUCAACCGACCGCAGAAGCGGAAUGCUCUGUCCAGUGAGCUUCUGGCCGAAUUCCUCACCGAGCUGUCCGCGGCUUCCAAAGAUGCUGCCGUCAAGGUCAUUGUCCUUACGGGCUCUGGCGGGUUCUUUUCGGCCGGCGCCGAUCUCAAGGAUAUCGCCGCGCUCGACGCGGCUGCUGCCCGAUCAAGCAGAUAUCUCGAAAAUCUUUGCAAUGGCAUGGCGGCUGUACGGAAGCCUCUUCUGGCAGCUGUUGAAGGACCUGCACUUGGGGGUGGGUUUGAAGUUGCACUUAUGUGUGAUAUGAUAUUUGCAUCCAAGAGCCGAACCUACUUUGCCCUGCCCGAAGUCAAACGGGGGCUGAUUCCCGGCGCGGGGGGCACUCAACGGCUUACGGCAGCGCUCGGCAAGUUCAAGGCAAUGCGAACUAUUCUUUUGGGCAAACCCAUCACUGCCGAGGAAGGACUUUCACAUGGUCUUGUUUGCGAACUCUUCGAAGACGGCAAGGUGCUUGAAGAAACUGUCAAGGUGGCCGCCGAUCUGGCCGCGAAUGCGACCGAAGCUAUGCAGCUUGCCAAAGAGGCCAUCUGUCGUGCUGAUAGUCUUGGGCGUGAUGACGAAUUCGAGAGGACUCUGUAUUACAUCACGAUGGGAACGGAGGAAAAGGUGAAGGGGGUGAAUGGAUUCCUCAAGAAGACUUGA